AUGUCUAGCACAACAACUGUCAAGAAGCAGGGCUUCGUCAAGAGGCCAGAUGUCGGCGCGCGCGACAAAAAGCUGGACGUCCUAAAAAGCCAGCUGAAGAAGAUCGACACCGAGAUCGCGUCUCUCAGAAAGCAGAUUGACCAGCAGCAAGUUGCUUCUGGUGCUCAAGAUCAGCGCUCGCAGCUGCAGAAUGAGCUGCGCGGGAUCAUCAAGACGCAGAGCGAUCUCAAGUCCCGCAGACAAGCCAUCCACGACCAGGUCAAGGCUUUGGACGCCGAGCUCAAGCGCAAGAAGACGCAGAUCGGAGCCAAGGUCGGAGGCAAGUCCCAAUACCAAUCUGUCGAUGACAUUGAAGCACGCAAGCGUGCUAUCGAUGCUGACAUCUCGUCUGGCGAGCUGUCCUUGGUUGAGGAGAAGCUUCUGGUCAAGGAGCUGCAGUCCCUCAACAAGCUUGCUCGUGACCUGCAGGCAAUUGAGCCUAUCAGAAAGUCUAUGGAGGACGACAAGUCUCGCAUUGCUGCUCUGAAGCAGGAGCUAAACGAGCUCAACCCUAAGGAGGUUUCCGGCAAGUUCGAAACUACCCAAAAGAAGCUAAAUGACUUGCAGUCUAAGAACCAAACCCUCUACGACAAGCGCCAGACCUUGUUCAACAAGCGCUCUGCCUUGUACAAGAAGCGUGACGAGGUGUACGCGCAAAUCUCGCAGAUCAGGUCUGAUUUCGACAAUGAAUUCAAGGCUUUCAAGCACAAGCUGGAGAAGGAGCGUUUGAAGAGAGAGGAAGAGCAAAAGUUAUCCAAGCUGCUGGAAGAGAAAGAUGCUGUUGUCGGCAAGUUGCAGGAAAAACUGACUCACGCACGCCAGCCUGCUUUCACCUACGAGAUUGGUGCUAUUGAGAACGUUUUGUGCGUUUUGGACCCAUCUUAUGUCAAGCCCGCUAAACACACUUUGGAGGUGCCUGCUGACUCCAACGUUGCCAAGGCCCCAGUGAGAAAGGUCGAGGCUGAUGACUUGGUGCCAAUCGUCAAAGAGAAAGAGGAGUUCUUCGCUAUGGGUACAAAGUCCAAGAAGAACAAGAAGAAGCAGGGCUCUUCAUCCCAAUCACCAGCUUCAUCUGGCAAGUUUUCUCUUGAACCUACCAUGAUUGCCACUCUGGCUGAACUGGACGUGACUGUUCCUUUGAACAAGGAGGAGGUUCCAAAAACCAUUGAGCAAUUGAGGGCCAAGCACGAGGACUUCACUGCCAGACAAGACGAGCAGACAGAGAAGAACAUCGCCGAGGCGGAGGCCAAGUUGAAGGAGUUGGACUUGGAGUACGCCAAGAAGGAGGAGAACGUCAGAAAGGAGCUGGAAGAAAAGAGAGCUAAGGAGCAAGAACAGGAGCAAGAACAGGGACAAACUGAGCAAGAAGAGAAAUAA